ACCUUUAGUCAUAGUUCGGCUCUCUCAACAUCGUCAACGUCAGGUAAGACAGAUCGAUACUUUUAAUGAAAUACGAAUCUGAUGGGGACUUUCAAGAAACAAGAAAACUCACCUCAUUAGGUACACCUGCACAAGCGCCAAUGCGAGAGUUCUAGAUGUGUGAGGUGGAGGUGAGCGAUGGAAGCGUGCAAGUGGAAGGAUGCACAUCUCCGCUCUUCUACAGACAAAGUCGACCUUCCUCAGGAGAAACAAAGAUGUCCGUCUUGCUUCUUCACGGCAUCCGCUUCUCCUCGCAGAACUGGCUCGACAACGGCACGCUGCACACUUUGGCCAAAGCGGGCUGCCGCGCAGUCGCCAUAGACCUGCCAGGACUCGGACGCUCCCAGUUAGCAACGGCCCCGGCAGAAGUGGGGGAGUUGGCUCCGGCGUCUUUCCUCGUGGACGUGUGUGAGCAACUUCAGCUCAGCCCCGUGGUCGUCAUCAGCCCCUCACUCAGCGGCAUGUACUCCCUCCCCUUCCUCAUCCAACACCAGAACCUUCUACGGGCCUACAUCCCUGUCGCGCCCAUCUGCACCGACAAGUUCACCCCUCAACAGUACCAAAGUGUGAAGGUGGCGUCACUGAUCGUUUAUGGUGACCAGGAUGCUCAGCUGGGGGAGGUGUCGCUUAGCAACCUGAGCCAUCUGGCCAAUCACAGUGUGGCUGUGAUGAAAGGGGCGGGACAUCCCUGCUACCUGGAUGACCCUGACACUUGGCAUGGACUUCUAAUCGACUUCCUCAGGAAACUAUGAGGUGUGCGUGUGCGUGCGUGCGUGCGUGUGAAGAAAAGCACAACCAAUAUGCUUACAACUACAAAGGAACGAUCUGCCGCUUCUUUUUGUUGUUUUUUUUUUAGAAAUGUCACAAAGACGGAGCUGCCACAAAUAAAUGAAUGUAUGGGAAACACUGGUGUGUGUGUGUGUGUGUGUGUGUGUGCGUGCAUCACAAAAACAGCAGACACUGAAGUGAAGUGAAAAAUAUGAACAUUAUUUAUUAACUGAUUCUCUGUAAUAAACCAUUUGAAAAUAUUUUACAAGGAGUCACAGACACAAUAUUUUACAAAUUUUGCCCUCUUCUUUUUGUUUUCUUUUUUUCUGUAGCUUCAUCUGUACAAAAGAAUGGAGCGACAUUUGGACCUAGCAGAGCCCAAAAUAAGAAGGAGCUAAACGCACUCUUGCUCAUUCAUUUAUUCAUUCAUUCAUUCAUUCACUCACUCACGAGAAAAACAACCCCAAUCAAAUCAACACCAUUUUUGACUUGACAGCUCAAACUUAUCAACAGUGCCGUUUUCCUAUAUUUAUAUUCAUGAUAUAUACGGACUUCACUUCUUCUUUUCUCUAAAUGUUGCUUUUUUAGUUGUUAACACACUUGUCAAACAUGGUCACAUAGCACCAGACUACACACUACACACAAUCACAUACACACUGGCUUUCCCAACACCGUGCAGCCAGGGCUCCCUUCGCUGCUUUUGGGCUCGUCAUAACAAUCACUGAUUAUUAAUCACGCCCCUCCCUCGUUGGACUUGUUUUACUUCUUUUUUAUUUUACAUUUUUAAUUUUGGCAAAAGUCAUCUGUUAACUCACAGAAGACAUCGCCUUCUCCCCGGGGGAGGGCUGUGUGUGUGUGUGUGUGUGUGUGUGUGUGUGCACGUACAGACAAGGACAGCCUUAUGUUACGAUGCGAGGUGACAUGUAAAAACGUAAAAACACAGCAGUCAACUUCUGCAGCCUCGUUUCAAUAAAACGGGAAAAAGAGGAAAACAAGGCCACGUUUGACAGAUCUUUUAAAAGGGGACAGCAUUGGCCUUUAAAUGCAACCUCGAGGGGUGUCACGAGACACUCGCGUCAUGAGACAAGAUGAUACACGAGAUUGGGUCUACGAGAACGAGACGAGAUUUUAACAUUACUUUUAAGAAAAGUACAAUGAAGACUUACAAAAAAAUAGAUGACAAUAUAUUGCAAUCUAUGCAUUUUUAAUUUCUACUAUGUUACACUCUUCUACACCCUGUGUGUAUGCUAGCAGCCCCGCCUCCACCCACCGAGACAAAGAGGCUGUAUGACUGACAAAAGGGCUCACUCCGUUCAUGCUCUUGUUCUACGGAACAAACGCGUCAAGGUGCUAAAACCAAUGCACAGAGUGAACCCUCUUCCUGCCUGUUUGGAGGCGGGAGACGAGGAAAACAGACACGCACGCACACAGCGAUAUAUUGAAGCAGGCAAAACUAUUGAGUUCAUUUUCAUUUAUUGUGUGAUUGGUUCAUGUAUUUAUCAUCAUCAUCCCAGGCCAAGUGCCCACCAGACAACAAAUCUGGUCACUUUUUAAUCUCGCGAGAUCUUGUGACACCCCUAGCAACCUCCUGAAGGUCGCAGCGCCACGUCUAAAUAUGCAUACACGAUCAUCAAAUAUCGAUAUUUGUGAUCAAUAUCCUCUCCAAGGAGUGUCAAUACUUUAUGGCUCCUGGAGGUGGCGCUCCUCUAGUGAAAUUGGGUCAACGUCCUCAAAGAACUCAAAACAAUGUGCAGAAAAGCAUUUUAGUAUCAUUUGUAGAAUAUAAAUCCAUUAUUUAUGUGAUUGUAUUGGAAUUCUAUUUAAAUAAAAUUACAAAUAUUUGUUUUUUGUAAUUUAAAAUACAUAAUAAGGAAUAUCAAAUAUUGAACAAGUAAUAAAAUAAUGUUAUAAGUAUAUCUUUAAAUUAUAUAUCAGUAAAAAUGGUUGGUUUUAGAAUGUAGAAGAUUUUUUAUAUUCAUUCCACCAUCAUGCGUUAAACUAAAUAUCGUAUCGUCGUUUUCUUGCAGUGUAUCAUUUAUCGCACAUUAGAGCUGGAUGGUAAAACUAUGGUUUUGGUGGGCAAAAUACAGUAGAACCUCCAAAAUGUGCCUCAGCAAACAGUGAGCAGUUCUGCAUCUGAAUUCCAGCAGUACCAAAAAAGGCCACUAGGGCUACGUUCACGCUGCGGGGUUGACGCCCAAUUCGCAGUUUUUUGGGUUAAAAUCUGAUUUUUUCAAUGCGGUCGUUCAAAUAACCAAAAAAAUGCGAUGUGUCAAUGAGAACGCAAAUCGUCCGGGAAGUGACGUGCAGGCGCAAACGCACGACAUCACGCGCACCCCCGUGUGAGGCUGCUGCAGGGCACACGGUGCUCGCCUUAACGUGUUUGUGGCAAUUUCAAGGAUUUUGUUCAACGGGAGUCCAUAUUUUCUUAACCAAGUCAUCCUGCGUAGCAGAUUAAGAAGAAAGAGGGCAAGAAUUUUGGCGAUGGCAGUUUGUGGAGAAGCUGCUGCGACGGGAGCAUGUCGGUGCUGGGACGUUUGCUUUUAUCAUUGUUGUUUUGUGCAGGGGUUCAUUUCUUCUUACACUUGCUAUUGUAUUUGUUAUGUGAGCAUUAUCCAGCAUAUUGUCAUGUGAUCAUGUGUGACACGUGACCACAUGAUGUCCUUUCCGCACUGUGGACACACACACACUCCCCCCUCCCAUUUGACGUCCCUCCUGCUUGUAAUGAAACAUCCUUGGCUGCCAUCUGAUUGUGAGUGAAGUGUCGUUAUGAUGAUGAUGAUGAUGAUGAUUAAGCCGUUUGAUGAGCAUCAUGUCUCACUUGUCAAGUGUGUGUGUGUGUGUGUGUGUGCUUGUUUUGCGGUGUUAGAGAGCAGGAAAGAACGAAGGAGGCACGUGUAGUGUUGGGAAUGAACACUGGCACAGGACAGAGGACGGGAGUGCAAAGGAAAAGUGCAUGUCAUGUGACCCCUGCAUACACACUUUCUUCUUUUUCUGUGUUUCUAAACACAGUGGAACCUCCAAGGACCAACACCAUCAAGAUGCCACAAGUGUGUUUUGCUUUUUCUUUCUUUCUUUCUUUCUUUUUUUUUUUUUUUAAAGAGAUGCACGAUAUCUUUUUUUUCCAAAACGAUACCUAUAACUGUGUGGACCAAUAUGAUACCAAUAACCAAUAACGUUUUUUGUAUUUACUUUUUAAAUUUAGAUUUAAGAGUAGUUUGUGCACACCUGGAGGUACGAAGGACUGGAACAAAUUAGGAUUUGAUCAAGUGUACCUGUUGAUUUGUCCUAAUCAAAUAUCAUGACAUCACUACUAUCAGGAGAACCAGAGUAUGGAGUGGAGGGAGCCACCUGCUGUGGCCCAGCAAGGUGCACUGUAUUCGGGCACACGCUCCGAGCAGCCGCUGUGACGCCACGGAGAAUGGAAAAUGAAUGUUUGUUUACAAGUGCGCUCAGGGGAAGUUACAAAAGGCUGUUGACGUCACAGGCAGGAGGAAAAAUGGAGCGCUUGAUUUGCUCAGUCCUGGUGAUCUCGCGUCAUUGGAGCGUUUAAAAAAAAAAAAAGAUUGGUUAUCCAAGCUAUUUUUAACGUUACCGGUAGGAUGUCAUAAUUCCCUCAUAUCGACCCUUAAUUAUCGUGCACCCCUACUUUUUUUUGUGUUGUAUUUUGUGUGACGACACCACAGAAAACAGCAAUGGAACUGAAGAAAGUGUCACAGGCAUCUGUCCAGGCUGCUCAGCACAACAACGGCUAACCUUAAAUCCAAAGGAAAUUAGACAACACGAAGGACCCUCACAACGUUACGUUAUCGUCUCAGCUUCUUUUCACACUUCUGUGACAGUUAAGCAUAUGACAAUGUGACUUUAAGACUUAAAAAGAAAACCAAUAACAGACAGUUUGAUGGCCGCAGUUUGACCCUGGAACAGAUUAUUUGCACUCUAACCGAUGCCUGUGGAUUAUGGAGGUUCCACUGUAUUAUCAUUUGGGGCAUGGAUCGUGAUGAUUCCAAGAUGUACACGUUCACUGAAGAGGGUACAAACUGUUAUGGAUGAAGUGCAGUAUUAGCGUGAGGGCGUAACGUUAGUGUGUGUUUGUGUGUGUGAGGGCUAACGCAUGAGAGUUGUGUGUAUGUGUGUGACACUAAGGCAUUUAUAUAGAGGCGUCGUUUUUACUGCGUUGCAUUUUAAAACACAUCAACCGACAAGCACAUUCUUUCAGCACAAGCAGUAAAUCCCUCCUUUUUUUGUUUGUUUUUUAAACCUCCAAAACACUGAUUUGUGUUGAUUGCAACACACAAAGAAGAAAACCAACUGUCACCCCUCACAUUUCAACGACAUUCCACUCAGCAAAUGCAAACACACACGGAAUCGGGCAGAACGACAGCAGUCAUGUGGCCCGAUUGGUAAAAAGGUAUGUCCAAAUAAGACUGCGUCCAAUACAUGGCUUGGUGACUGAUGACGUCACCAUGUGAUGAUGCAAAUGUGCUCCACAAAAAGCUGAUUCUCCAACAUGGCUGCUUUAUUAAAAAAAAAAACAAAAGUACUAUACAGUCGUCCACAACAGAGUGCAUCAAGGCACUAUGAAACAGUCUAACAUGACGAUCACAUGACUACUCUACUUACUGCGUGUGACGGCCAUAUUUAGUUAGUGCCCCCCACCGCCCGUGUUAAAGUAAAUGUGUUGACUAUUUGAGUAGACCAGACUGAAGGAGCUUGUAAAGGAUCAGAGCCACGCUGAAAAGAAAUAAAAACUGUAACGUCAUGAGCAGAAAUAAGAUCAACCAGAAAAAGUGUAGCGCGAUAGUCUUCGUCCUAACGCCGACACCGUGCACGUUUGUGCUUGUUAUUCUUGUACGAUUGCGACUUUGUUCUUGUUCUUGUACAAAGAGUUGGCCUAUAUUCUCUUAAGACUGCAACUUCAUUCUUGCAAGAGCAGGACUUAAUUGUUAGAGUCCCACUUUAUUCUUGUACAAUUAUGACUUUAGGACUUCAUUUUUGCAAGAGUAAGACUUAAUUGCAAGAUUCCAUUUUUAUUUUUGUACAAUUGUAACUUCUGACAAAAGUUAGAUUCCAACUUUAUUCUUGUACAAUUACGACUUUAUGCCUGCAAGAGCAGGACUUACUACUUGUCAGCUUAACUCUUGCAAGAGUAUCAUUUAUUCUUGUAUGAUUAA